AUGGCAUGGGCGCAGAGGGACCUGACAUCCUCGCUCUCCAUCGUCGUUGCUUUGGCUGCCUGCCUCUCUGCCACCACCAGUGAAGUGAACUUGCUAGACACAUCAACAAUCCCGGGGGACUGGGGCUGGAUGACUUAUCCCUCACACGGGUGGGAUUCCAUCAAUGAAAUGGAUGAGUUUUUCAGCCCCAUCCACACCUACCAGGUCUGUAAUGUCAUGACCCCCAAUCAGAACAACUGGCUACGGACCAACUGGGUUCAGCGGGACGGCGCGCGGCGGGUCUACGCAGAGAUCAAAUUCACCCUGCGGGACUGCAACAGCAUGCCAGGGGUGCUGGGCACCUGCAAGGAGACUUUCAACCUCUACUACCUGGAGUCUGACCGAGACCUGGGCACUAGCACCCGGGAGAGCCAGUUUAUGAAGAUCGACACGAUCGCAGCCGACGAGAGCUUCACCAACGUGGACCUGGGGGUGAGGCGCCUGAAGCUGAACACGGAGGUGCGGGGCGUGGGGCCGCUGAGCAAGAGGGGCUUCUACCUGGCCUUCCAGGACAUAGGCGCUUGCAUCGCCAUCGUGUCGGUGCGGGUGUACUACAAGAAGUGCCCGGCCAUGGUGAGGAACCUGGCGUCCUUCUCCGAGGCCGUGACCGGGGCGGACUCGUCCUCCUUGGUGGAAGUGCGAGGAGAGUGCGUGGGGCAUUCAGAGGAGAGAGACACCCCCAAAAUGUACUGCAGUGCCGAGGGAGAGUGGCUGGUGCCCAUCGGGAAGUGUGUGUGCAGUGCUGGCUAUGAAGAGCAGCGGGAUUCCUGCAUCGCCUGCCAGCUGGGAUUUUACAAGUCGGCCCCCGGGGACCAGCUGUGUGCCAAGU